UCUCCCUCUCUCUGUCUCUCUCGCUCCUAACUCAACCAUAAAUACCCAAGAUGCUCCUUCCUUCUUUCACCACCUCUUCGUUCUUCCAAUGGAGCAAACCAAGACAGAAACUGGUGUUGCCUCCCCAUCAAAGGAGAGAGAAGAACAACCUAGAGUGAUCAUAGAAUUGGGUAGCACCACCGCUGCCACCGACUCAUUCAGACUUCUUUCUAGUGGCGGUGGAGGAGAGAGGGUACCACCAUCAUCCUCAUCAUCAUUUCAUCCAGUAGCUUCUCUCUCAUCGGGUCAGAUGGAGUCCCUUUCUGCUUUGUGUGACACCUUCUUGCCAUCGAUUGAUGUUUCCAACGACACCGUUGAUGACUCCAUUGCUACUUUUUUCCGAACAUCAGCCUCUAUGGUUGGAACUCCACAUAGGGUGGGAGAGUUAAUUAGUGGGAGAUUACAACAUCCGAAGCUGUUUUUGAUGAGAUUGGCGUUAUGGGGACUGUCAACAUGGAUAGGAACGCUGGUUUUAUGUGGAAGGGCAAGUCUGGGCAGAGAUUUUCCCUAUGCCCAGAGGUUUUCAAAGAUUUCCCGGGAGAAGAGGGAAGAGAUAAUCAAGUCAUGGUCUGUGAGCUAUUUACCUGUCCUAAGGAUGCUUUUCUUAGGCUUGAAGAUUCUCACUCUUCUCACUUUCUUCACUCAGGUAAAUGACAAGAAUGAAAACCUCUCGUGGAAAGGAAUUGGCUACAGUGGACCAGACCCAGAUUUCAAAACCAAAACUCAAAAAAACAGAACCCCGAAAGAUCAGAUGUGGUAUUCAAGAUCAGAAAACCAAGCAAAGGAAAUUGUGGAUGUCGAUAGAGAAGAGAUCUUUGGACCUCUUUACAAGGGCAUUAUCAUAAUAAACAACCCACUUCAAAUAGUUGCCGAAAAUCUUCAGAAAUCAGGAUUUAUAGUCUCAUUUCCCAAUCAGAAACACCCAACACGAAAUUCCCUCAACCCUACUUUGAUCAUCAAAUGUGAUGCAGUGGUGGUUGGUUCCGGCUCCGGUGGCGGGGUAGCCGCCGGAGUACUAGCAAAAGCCGGCCACAAAGUGCUUGUCCUAGAGAAAGGGAGCUACUCUGCCAGAACCAAGCUCUCACUUCUAGAGGGACCAACAAUGGAUCAAAUGUACAUGGGAAAUGGGUUGUUAGCAACAGCGGACAUGGGUGCUGUGAUACUUGCGGGGGCCACCGUGGGCGGUGGUUCUACUGUGAAUUGGUCAGCUUCGAUCCAGACUCCACAGCUUGUGCUCGAGGAAUGGUGUGAAAAAUAUGAACUCGAGUUAUUUGAGAGUAGAAUGUAUAAGGAAGCAAUGGAUGUUGUUUGUGAAAAGAUGGGGGUACAAUUUGGUUUUGAUAAUGAGGGGUUCAAUAAUGCAGUGUUGAGAAGAGGGUGUGAAGAAUUGGGUUAUCCUGUGAAGAAUAUCCCUCGGAAUUCCCCCGUGGAUCACUACUGUGGGUGGUGUUGCUUUGGCUGCAAAGAUGGAAGAAAGAAAGGUACCUUGGAGACAUGGCUACUGGACAUGGUGAACUCCGGAAAUGGAGCAAUCCUGCCGCAGUGUCAAGCACUAAAAGUCUUGCACAAGAGAAAGAAAGGAAGAGGCAGAAGUGCAGCAACUGGAGUCGCCUUCGAAUUCCAACACAGAGGUGUCAAGCAAAUCUGCAUCGUGGAGUCAAAGGUCACUAUCGUUGCUUGCGGUGCUCUCGGCACGCCUCCACUACUUAAAAGAAGCGGGUUAAAGAACCCAAACAUCGGGAGAAACCUGCACCUCCAUCCGGUGACAAUGGCGUGGGGAUACUUUCCCGAUAACCCUUCGUCGGAUACGUGGCCGGAACCGGAGAAGAAGAGCUACGAAGGGGGGAUAAUGACGGCGAUGUCGACAGUCGUGUCGAAUUUGGACAAGUCAGGCUAUGGGGCAUUGAUACAGACACCUAGUCUGCACCCCGGAAUGUUCUCUGCUUUGAUGCCGUGGGUUUCUGGGAUUGACAUUAAAAUGAGGAUGUGCAAAUUUUCAAGAACGGCCCACGUGUUUGCCUUGGCGAGAGAUCAUGGAUCAGGAGAGGUUAUAUCCGAAAGCAAAAUCCAGUACCAGAUGACCCGAACUGACGAAGAGUAUUUACAAAGAGGGCUGGAGAAGGUAAUAAGGAUAAUGGCAGCAGCCGGAGCUGAAGAAAUCGGAACCCACCAUCGAAACGGGAGCAAAAUAAACACAAAGCGAGCCAGUUCCCACGAGUUCGAGAUGUUCGUGAAGGAGGAGAGCGGAAGGGGGUUGAGAGAGCUCUUGACGCCGAUUUGUUCGGCACACCAGAUGGGUAGUUGUCGAAUGGGGGUCGAGCCGAAGGGGUCAGCGGUGAACCAGAUGGGGGAGACGUGGGAGGUGGAAGGGCUGUACGUUGCGGAUUCAAGCGUGUUUCCAACGGCUUUGGGGGUGAAUCCGAUGGUGACGGUUCAGGCCAUUGCCUAUUGUACUGCGCAGUCAGUGCUUGGUGUUCUUACGAGGACCAAGAAUCGGUAGAAUUAGUUGGCGUCGGGAUGCGUACAACAUGCCGUUGGGUCUGUUCCGAAAUGCUGAUGGAUGAGGUUCUCGGGCCUGCGACAUGGGGUGGGCUUCCCGUAUCGAGAAGUUUGGAUUUGUGUGUUUAUAAAAGCCAAUAAUUGCAGUGAUGCAUGUGUUAUUAAAAAUUAUUUGGUGGUAUUGAGCUACCGUCACGUGGUGUUUCAAUACUGUAAUCCACCACGGAUCCUGAAUAAUUACUUGUGUGUUAAAAAGCCUGGGAGCAUCUCUCAGUUACCAAUUGCCUUGUAACUGCAUGUAUAGUAUUUCUUGUGAGUCCUGCCUUGCCUUGCCUUGAUUGUGCAUCCUCAUAAGGAUUAAGACAAAAGUUUCAAAGAAAGUGUGACUGUUGAUCUUUUGAUGGGUUAUCUGAAUUUUGUACCUCGUGGUAUGAUUGUUAAUGAAAAAUUAGAUUACGAUCUAAUUAAUAUAUGAAUUUUUAUGGUUCAAAA